UGGAACUACAUUUCCCAUGAUGCACCAGGGACACCGGAGCCAACGUCGGGCCUUUGUCAGGAGGGGAGAAGACUAGUGGCCGUGCGGUGUGUGCUCGGUAGCCCAGGCCGUGAGGAGGAGGGGGCUGCCGGUAUGGCGGUGUAGCGCCGCCCAGCGGGCGCCGGAGGAGGCCGCGUGCGUGGGGCCAUUGUGCUCGGCAGACGGCUUUCCUAGUGAUGGGGACACCGCGUUGUGCGGUACACUCAGCCGCUUCAGAACCUCAUUGAGCUGCGGACCUUGGACCUCCAAAUGGGCAAUAUUUUAUUACUCUUCCAAUUAAGAGGCUCCCCGUUGUUAACCUUUUAAGCGCUGGACCUUUGUUCCCCCUCUCUGGAUGUCUAUGACGUCAUCACAUAGUCACAUGACCAGCACCUCUGCUGUUCUGAAGGAGAUUGGACAGUAAGUCAUUGCCACAGGCAUUUUGUCACCUAGCCUCUGAGACCCAUGUGAUUUAUAGAAGAUGGAGAUGGAAAAGAAUCACAUGAUGGAGAGAAUCCUAAGCCUUGUCCUGGAAAUUGUCUACUUGCUUAUUGAAGAGGAUUAUAUAAUUGUAAAGAAGUCUGGUGACAAUGUGGUGUACCGGAGCAGCACCCAGAGCCCCGAUAUGGAGCAAGAAGAGCCCUUAGAAAAGAGCAAGAAAAACAGUAAGGUGGCAGAACUCACCAGCAAAGUGCUGCAGCUUCUGACUGGAGAGUCACAUAAUGACAUGGAUUGUGAAGAAGCAGAAAACAAGGAUGAAGAGAAGAAAAAGGCAGGCAAUAUUCAGCCUGGAUUUGACAGGUCAUCUGCUGUCAUGCCUGGAAUUCAACACCCAUCUGGUCUGGUGUAUCUUAAGAAAGAAAGGCCUGAUGUCGACAUCCCCCAUAAAAUCUCCAUGUCAUUGUGCCAAGAUAGCGCAACACAAACCGAGGAAACCAGCACUGGUGAAAAUGGACUUCUCCCUGAAAUUUACAUACAUGUUCCUAUUGACCAGACCGAAUAUUUAUCUGUUUGUAAGAAGGGGGGAGCUGGAUCUGAUGACGCGGCAUUCCUAGCUAGUAACAUUUGUAAUCCCCUGGUGCAUACAGUGGUGCACAGCAGCGCCGAGGAGCAUUUACUAACCAGUAAAGAAUAUGGAUCCGCUGAUCCUAAACCUACAGCAGCUGAGUAUACAGUUAUUAAAAUUAAGGAGGAACCUGUUGAGUGGGAGGAAGAAGUUUCCAGAUCAGUUAAACUGCCUAUACAGAUUGAGCGCACAGAGACCCAACCUAAGAGCAGCAUUUCUAUAUAUCCUGAAGGUCUAAUGAACCAAGCACCAACACCAUAUACAACCAUGCAGAUUAAGCAAGAACCAGCCAUGGAUGGAGAGGGAUCUCUCAUAGAGACAGGCAUAUCUGUAUCAGUAGAACAAUCACAACGCCACUUCAUACUAGCUGAGAAUGCUGAAGGGAGUUUCAGGGACACUGACAUCAACACAGGCUCUGAGAACUCCCAAAUAGAUUAUGGCUCUGCCUUCAUAAAAGGGCAAUACUAUGAAGAUGAUGACAUGCAAAAUAAUCCUGCGGAUUUACCAGCUGCUGGUUUAUACCAGGAACCGUAUAUGGAAGAGAUUACAUAUGAAUACUACUCUGCUCAUUCUAGCAACGUACAGCAGAAAAUAGACAAUACGGACAAACCAUUUUCUUGCUCAGAAUGUGGAAAAUGUUUUAAAUACAACAGUCUUCUCCUCCACCACUCUAAAUCCCAUCAGAAGAAGCCCCUGAUAUGCUGUGAAUGUGGGAAACAGUAUUCUUGUAAGACAGAGUUCGAUAUACAUCAGAGAAUUCACACUGGUGAAAAGCCUUUUGUCUGCUCUGACUGCGGGAAAGGCUUCCGCAGGAAAUCUCACAUGCUCCGACACCAGCGAAUUCAUGGAGACAAGGAAAUAUAUCCCUGUCCAGAAUGUGGCAAGUCUUUCCAUCGCCAUGAUGUCUUAAACCAACACCGGAAAAUACACAAAACAAACCAAGUGGAGACUUACCCUCCCACCAGCCAGUCUCAGCCACAAAACCCCUGUACUACCUAUGAUAACAUUGAAAGGCUUCCAUGCUCUGAAUGUGGGGAAAGCUUUGAUGAUGUAUCACAGCUUGAGGAACAUCAAGUAGUUCAUGCAGGGGAGAAGCCAUUUUCUUGCACAGAGUGUGGCAAAUCAUUCCGUUUUGAAGCCCUUCUGGAAUUGCAUUGGGGUAGCCACAUUGCUGCAGUUUCGUGUCCCGAAUGUGGAAAUAGUUUUGCAAGUCAGAGUCUUCUUAACCAUCACCUGAAGGUUCAUGCAGGAGCAAAUGAUUGCAUUUGUUCAGAAUGCGGCAAAGAAUUUCCCAGUCGGUCCCAGCUGGUUGACCAUUACAGAACACAUACAGGAGAGAAACCAUACAUGUGUCCUGAUUGUGGAAAAUAUUUUCGUAGAAAAGCACAUGUUGUUAGGCAUCGCAAAAUCCACAAGGGCAAUAAACCAUUUUCUUGCCUAGAAUGUGGAAAAUGCUUUGAGAAUCAAGAGUUUCUUGAACGACAUGCAAAAAUGCAUAAGAAGAAAAGACCAUACAUCUGUUCUCAGUGUGGGAAAAGUUACACCAAAAAGUCUCAUCUAGCCAGACACCAGAGGACACACACUAGACAAACCACCCACACUUGUCCCAGAUGUGGAGAAAGCUUUCAGUAUCCAGCUCUCUUGAGUCAACAUAUGAAACUCCACACUGGAAAAACGGACUAUAAUUGUCCUUGUUGUGAAAAGACCUUCACUUCUGAAGUGGCUCUCCUUAAACAUCAGAAAACCCAUUCAAAUGAAAAAUCUUUCAUCUGCGUUGAAUGUGGGAAAAGCUUCACCUUCUAUUCCCAUUUCAUGAGGCAUCAGACCAUGCACACAGGAGAAAAGCCUUUUGAGUGUACAGAGUGUGGAAAGCGAUUCACCCGAGAUUCACAUCUAGUCAGACACCAGCGAGUUCACAACCUAUAAGCUGCAAUGCUUGUGAUAAGAGUGAACAAAAAAAAAAUCCUGGACCUGUUAAAGUCUAUGAAAUGUAUUAUUUAUUUAGUCCUUUUUUUAUUAUUUCAUAACUGUUUCUGGAAUGUGCAUGGAACCUUAAACUAUAGAUUUGAUUCCACCUUCUGUUUGUUUCUAAUUUUAUAUUGUCAAUGUAAAAUAAGAAAAAAAAAAAUCUGCUUUUAUGUUAUUGUGACACACAGUCCAGGGGGUUUGGUUUUAUUUGUGAUCCCAUUGACUGAGUGAGUAUAAUGUAUUAAUGUUCUUAUGAAAAAGGUAAAGGAGCUGGGUUAGUCCCCAAAAACUGAAUGAAUGUUUCAGGCAGCUGUAAUUUAGCCAGAAAAAUACACCCCAAAUAUAAGUCUCAAGGUAACAGGUGAGGGGCUAGGUCCAAAAUGGCAGAAGAGGGGUGCAUGAAGUAGAGUUAUGGUAAAAUAUCAUUACCUGAAAUCUCAGGGAAGUACUUUCCUGCACAGUGUCUUGUGGUUGAGAGAGAGUACUAAGUACCUUUGCACCACUUAAGAGGUAGAGAAGACAAGCUGCAAGACAGUGGUCCAGAAGUCCAGUAGAGUUUUUGCAUCUCCCCGCACGCCUUCACAGCAGCAUUUGUGUAGCAAUACUUGUGAACAACCAUGGGGACUGGAUACAAUCAAGUCCCAAUUAAAAAAAAACAAAAAAACAUUGUGGGUCUUAGUUGUAAUAGCAACUUUAUGUAAGAUGCCAAACACUUUUGACCUAUUGGGUUUCGUGAGAACUUUGCCUAAGCCCAUGUCUCGAGCUGUAGCAGAAAAAUCCUAAUAGGUGUAUGGUGAAAUUAUAUAUAGAGUAUAGCUCAUGGACAUAGACCCUCAAAGUGUUUGAGGGUGUGAUUUAGCUGAAGAUUUCGUUGGGAGACAACACAGUCAUAUUAGCAGAAAUGUAAGGGUCAGUAUUGUCUGGAAGAAUACAGAGAUGUAUAAGAAACACCAUCCGUGACGUACAACGGGACGUUCUGUCGUGUUGAUAAGAGAUCCUUCAUUUUGAUGGCCAAAAGGGGAGCUGUAUGUUUCUAGUUCACAUUAAAAGAAAAGAGGUAUUGGCAAACGGUCAAUACAAUCACAUCCGUGUCUUUUACAGAUGAAAUACGCAAAGUCCCUGUGGUUUUACUGAACUGGCUGUAUUAUGGCAGUCUGAAACUAAAGACUGAGAGACAUGCUUAAUAUUCAGGCCUUUAUAGCUGUUUUAACUCCUGCUCUGUUCUUUAUCAAAAAUGCAUUCAGAUUCUGGGAUCACUAAUACCGAUAAUAUUCAUUGAUGAGUUUCAUUUGAAGAACAGAUUAUCCGAAAACCCUAAACUACAUCUGUCAUAGGGACAUUACAUCUGCAGAUGACUUGACUCGAAAACAAUCACUCAUAAAGUGGUCAGGAGAAGUGGAAUGUUUUCUGGUUAAUGUUACAGCAGAAUGGCAUAUGUAGACACCACAAGUAGAGGCUCCCUAGUGAUACAAAUGGUAGGAGCAGAUCUCAUUUAAUAGAUGGCUGCUGGUAGAAUUCUUUAUGUUGUAUUAAUAUACUGUUAGAGGAAGAGUUGGAUUGUGAAUUCAGCAGUGCAACACAGUCUCCGGCUAAAUGUCUGUGCUGACCUGUAAGAAAGUCAUAGAAAAUAAACUCUUUUUUUCACUUG